AUGGAUUUAACAAAACAUCGUCAAAUACUAAAUGAAGGACUACAUCAUAUUAUUAAUGAUUAUAAUCAAUUUAAACAAAGAUUUAAUGAACAAAAACCGAGCUCACAUGAUCUUUCUUUAAUAGAUCAAGUUAAUCAAUGGAGAAGAAAUUCAAUUGACAAAAUUAGACAAAAAGCAAAAGAUUGCAUAGAAAUUAUCGUUAAAUCUUCACAAACAUUUUUGAAUGAUAUUGAAAAGAAAUUUAAUGAUUUAAAUGAACAAAUAAAACAACUUCAGAGAGAAAAUGAAUUUAAUGAGAUCAAUUUAAACUAUUUAAGAAAUCAGUUGAUAAAGAUUAAAGAAGAAUUAAAUAAUCCACCAAAGACUUCUAUUGAACAAGAUUGUCAACCAUUUAUUAAUGAAAUUUCAGUUAUUCCAUUAGAAAAAAAACCAAUAUUCAACAAAUGGAAACAAAAUGCUGUCACUGUAGCUGGUGGAAAUGGAAAAGCACAAGAAUUAAGUCAACUCAAUAGCCCUCGUGGAAUCUUUAUUGAUGAAAAGAAAAAUAUUUUUAUUGCUGAUCAUGAUAACCAUCAUAUUGUUAAAUGGAAAUGUAAUGCAAAAGAAGGACAAAUCAUUGCCGGUGAAAAUAAAGAAGGAAAUCGAAUGGAUCAAUUGAAUCGUCCAACAGAUGUGGUUGUAGAUCAACAAGAUCAUUCAAUCAUCAUUGCUGAUAAAGGGAACAGACGAGUGAUUCAAUGGUUGAAUCAAACUCAACAAAUUCUCAUUGACAGUAUUCAUUGUCAUGGCUUGGCAAUAGAUAAACAUGGAUUUCUUUAUGUUUCAGAUUGGAAGAAGAAUAAAGUCAAACGAUGGAAAAUGGGUGAAUACAACAACGAAGGAAUUGUAGUUGCAGGUGGAAAUGAAAGAGGAAAUCAACUGAGUCAACUCAAUUCUCCAGGUUUUAUCUUUGUUGAUGAAGAUCAAUCUGUUUAUGUAUCAGAUCAAAACAAUCAUCGUGUGAUGAAAUGGAUUAAAGAUGCACAAGAAGGAAUAGUUGUGGCUGGAGGAAAUGGUGAAGGAGGAAAUCUCAAUCAAUUAUCGUCACCUGCAGGAGUAAUUGUUAAUGAUUUGGAUCAAAUUUAUGUUGCUGAUUAUUUGAAUCAUCGAAUUCAAAAAUUUGAAAAAAUUUUGUAA